GUGUGUGUGUGUAGACCUGUCAGUCCGUCAGUCGAGCAGUGCGGAGCCGAGCCGGAUACGCCAACUUACAGCAAUAUAUCUGACAAAAUUUACACCGAAUUCUGACACCUUCCACAUUUGGAAUACUGGCUUUAUCUCAAAGUAAACAUCUUUCAGGGGCGGACAAACGACAAAGAAAGAAAGUGGGAGUGAGACAUAUUUGAAGGGUUGUUGGCUUAGCCUGACUGGGGUGAGUUAGCAUGCUAAUGGAGCAGCGCCGCAGUGGAUGUCUCUCCACCCGCUCUUUUUUCCUUAUAUUAGGCUGACGUCGUUCAAAUAGCAUUUUAUUGUGCAUUUUCUUUCGUAUCCGCAUAAAUAUUUCGUUGUCUUUCCGCAAAGUGUUGAGAAAGCUCAUGAGAGGAAGCUUGUCAUGUUAGCUAGUUAGCAAGGAGGUAUGGCUUACUGAUGAAGUCUUAAGGAGCUUUUCCAGUUUACAGAUGAUAAUUUAAAAAUAACACCACUUUUUGCUCCCACUUUUAAUGCUUUAUGUAAUAACAGACUAUUUUACCACAUUUGGUUUGACAUUACUGUUUUUAGCGAGUUGGUACAGAUAGCUGGCUGGGGGUUAGCUAACCGAACGUAAUGCCAAAUGAUAUUUUACUAAGUGACAGUUAGGACACCACAAGCCUAAUUCAAGCACUUGUCACUGUGUGAUAGUUUAUUUAUUGUUAUACAACAAACAAUGGCCUCGGCUGGAAACACGGUCUCAUCGUUUGCGAGCAAAACAAAAACGAAGAAGAAACACUUUGUGGCUCAGAAAGUGAAGCUGUUUCGUGCAAGCGACCCUCUGCUCAGUGUUCUCAUGUGGGGAAUUAACCAUUCGAUAAACGAGUUGAGCCAUGUUCAGAUUCCCAUCAUGCUUAUGCCGGAUGACUUCAAGGCCUACUCUAAGAUCAAGGUGGACAACCACCUUUUCAACAAAGAGAAUAUGCCAAGCCAUUUUAAGUUCAAGGAGUAUUGCCCUCUUGUUUUCCGUAAUUUGAGAGAGAGGUUCAACAUUGAUGACCAGGACUUCCAGAACUCUUUGACCCGCAGCGCGCCUCUUGUCAGUGAAGCUCAGGGCCGCAGUGGUGCUCGCUUUCACACCUCCUACGACAAGAGGUACGUCGUCAAGACCAUCAGCAGCGAGGACGUGGCCGAGAUGCACAACAUCCUCAAAAAGUAUCACCAGUAUAUCGUGGAAUGCCAUGGUACCACACUGCUUCCACAGUUCCUUGGUAUGUACCGCCUCACUGUAGAUGGAGACGAGACGUAUAUGAUAGUCACUCGCAACGUGUUCAGUCACCGGUUGUCUGUGUAUAAGAAAUAUGACCUGAAGGGAUCUACCGUUGCCAGAGAGGCAAGUGACAAAGAAAAGGCUAAAGAACUCCCCACGUACAAAGACAAUGACUUCAUCAAUGAUGGACAGAAAAUAUACAUCGAUGAGGAGAGUAAGAAAACCUUCCUUGAUAAGCUUCGAAAGGAUGUGGAGUUCCUUGCCUUGCUUAAGUUGAUGGACUACAGUCUUCUGGUUGGGAUCCAUGAUGUGGAGAGGGCAGAACAAGAGGAGGUGGAGAGUGAAGAUAAUGAGGGGGAUGAGGAAGGAGAGAGUGAUGGAGGGAUUGUUGGCACUCCUCCUGACAGUCCCUGUAACACUCUGGACAGCACUAAACCCCUCUCACCAGGAGAUUUCGACCCCAGUAUUGACGUCUAUGCCAUCAAAAGCCAUGACAAUUCCCUCAGAAAGGAGGUCUAUUUUAUGGCUGUUAUUGACAUCCUGCAGCAUUAUGAUGCCAAGAAAAAAGCAGCUCAUGCAGCCAAGACGGUCAAGCAUGGGGCUGGAGCAGAGAUUUCCACCGUGAACCCAGAGCAGUACUCAAAAAGAUUCUAUGACUUCAUCACUACCAUUCUGCCUUAGGCACAGGCAGUUGAGCUGAGUCCACGGGGAUAAAGAGGGAUGCCAGCAGAGCGGUGUAGAACACUCACUCACCUGCUCUGCCACAGGGGGCACCCUUACAGCAGCUACAACCACCAUUCGUUUACAUUUUUUAUUUUCAUUUGUUGGUUCUUUGUUUUUGUGGGACCAUGCAAGUGAUGAAAAAAGGACAUUUUGCAGGGGAAUAGGGCUUUUUACUGCUUUCUAAUGCAUGUCCCUUAUUCUUGUUUGUUCCAUUUGUUAUUUUCCUGCCUUUUAAAGUAGAGGAGGAGAUGGAGAGAUUAAGAGUGCUCAUUUCAUGCUCAGUUAGUGGAAUUAUGUCUCUCGAAAUAGGAGGCCAUAUAAGUAGAGGAAGGGAACAGACAGCUUGAUGAAAACUGUAAUGCGGUCUUUCACAGAAUGAUUGAUCAUUUGCCUGGUCAUCAAAUCCCUGCCCAAAUACACAUCACCCACUCUGCUUUUUGUCCACCAACAUCAACAGCUUCCUUUAAUCAUGGCAGAGACUAGGAGGCACCUGAAGCACUUGACACCACAGCAACCUGCUUGCUAUAACUCUCCUUACUCGCACAGUCCUUUUCCUGCUCUGGACCGAGACUAACCAGAAAUGCUCUCUGAGCCAUUUACAAAAGGAGGACCCACUGCCCCCACUUGCAUUGUGUGGACAAACAGCCUAAUCUUACUGUUUUGCAUGUUCCUUCAGUGUUCUGAGGCAAAUGCGUGGAGUUACUUGGAGGCAAAUGUUUUUGUAGUUUAUUUCUUACGAUUUGCAGCGACUUGACAGAAGGGAGAAUGAAGAUACUGAAGCAGCAGGAUCAGCGGUUCGUCUUCAGUCAUCAGUGAAUUCUGUUACAUAGUGAUUCAGUUGCCAUCAGCACCUUAAACUGUUGCACUUUUUAUUAGGAUCACUCAGUCUGUUACGAGCUGCAAUGAUAGUACUAUGAGGCACUGUUUAAUGCAGCCUUGUAUUUUAUGUGUUCUCACGCAUAUGCUUGUUCUCAGCAGACAAAACAUAGUUUACCUCUUGCAUCGUACCAGGACACACCCUUUUGUGUUGUGUUUCAGUGUUCCAUGGAGGUUUGGGGAAGGGGUGCUUUAUGUAUUUUUUUGUUUCUUCUUUUAAAAACAUUGAUUUUCUUUGAAAUAGUGUACAUGCCUCAUAAGUUUUGUUCUAAAAUUCUGAACGUUCAAAUUGGCAGUAAAAUAGAUAAAAUGUUGUAUAUUUUGCACAUGAUUAAUGGAACCAAAAUGCAUAAUCCUGUUGGUUCAGCAGUGGUAUUUACAAGGGAAACAAAAUACCUGUAAAAGAUAAUACUUUUGUACAUGGCAUUGGAUUAGAAACAGGUAAUAUGAUUUAGAGAUUAACUUUGUUUCUAGACUUUUCUAUUUCAAAGGACAAGGCCUCCUCUUAUUUGUUGUUUUAGACUUCUUGAUCACUUGCACAUAUUUUUACAUUGCAUUUUAAUCCAGACAUUUAAUUGUCAGACUUUUAAAGCACCACUUCCUGAUUCGGUGAAUGUGUUCUGAUAAAUGAAGAAUGUUACUGUUUUAAAUUGUACAACACAUAAGUACUGUCUAAAAAAGAAAGGAAAAAAGGUGAUAAAGAUGCAUGUUGCAUUAUUAUUAUUAUUAUUAUUAUUAUUAUUUUUGUUUAUUUUUUUUGUGUGUUCAGUCUGGUUUACUCCAGAAUGUAUAUUCCUUGCUUGGUCACACACACAUAUAUAUAAUUUUGUUUUGUUUUUAAUCUUUCCCCUGCCUUUUAUUUUUAAGAUGGCCCAUACGUGCUUUAUACUGUGUUUUCAAUGUAUAUACACUGCAAAAGUCGUGCCUUUUACUCCAAAUUAUUUAAUUCUGUAUUUUUUAAUCUUUAUUUUUUUCAACCAGAAGUGGAAUGUUAUUUUCUAAUAUUAAGGUGGUUGUUGGAAAAAAAAUAUCCAGACAUUUUUCAGUGUUUUUUGUUGUGUGUGUGUGUGUGUGUGUAUGUUUCGAAAUGUUCAAUUGCUUUAAAACAAUACCUUACAUUUAGUUCACAACAACACAAUGAAAAGGUCACCAUUUCUCUUUGACCAGCUAAUUCUAUGUGCAAGCCUUUUGAUCAAGAGUGCGCAUUGUGAAUUUGUUGAUAUGAAUAGGUGUGGCUCUUGUUAUAGUGUUAAUUGUAAAUUGUGUUCAGGCUUUCAAAAGCAUUUUUAUCUGGAGGUAUUACCCGGCAUCUAUAUUACAGCGUCCUUGGUUAGUGUUUCAUUUUCUAAAUAAACUGAGUGCUGCUUGUGCACUUCAGAAACCAUUGCGCAAUGGGAAAAGAAGCAUUUUUAUUGUGCCCUUGAGGGGAAGGGGAAACCCUGGUCUUCUUGGAUGUAAUAUUCACGAAAAACAACGUGGGCAUGAAAAAAAAGAGGCUGGGUUGUGUCAACCGAGCAUCAUUUCAGCUUCUGGACUCUCACGCAAUGAUAUACUGUAGUCGAUGUGAAUUUCACUAAAUGUGAAAUGUGCUAAGAUACAGCUUCACUCCGAGCCUUCUUAAGAUCUCCACCAUGUUCUGCAUUUUGCCAAAAGCAUUAUUUCUCAAUGUGUUCAUGUAUGGAUAAUUCACCACAACAGCUUUGAAAAAUGUGUAAUGUACCUUUUAGCGAUUGGAGUUUUAUUUUCAAAACAUUUUUGAAUGCCGCAAACAGAUGCGUUUAAUUUGAAUAUGCAGGUUUACAAAGUUUUUGAAAUAAAGAGAACCCCGUCGUUUGUGAAUGUU